AGAGAGAGUCUCCGUGCGUCGGACUCGGCUCGCCAGAGGAGCCGCAGACUAGAGACCAUCGCCGCCAAGACGUCCGUCCUCUCAGGACCCAGUGACUCCCCUCCCAAGGGUCGACAGGCAACAAGCAAGGUGCACACCUGGGACCGAUCGGCGGCGGCUCAGCAGGAUAUUCAACCCUCUUUUGAAACGCUGAACGAGGAUCGCCCCUAGAGAAGAAGGAAACCAACACAGCCGGAAGAAGCCUGGGGAGAUAGAAGAAUAUAUCGAGUAGUGUGGGGGAAAACGGAAAGAAAGGAGUGACUGGCACUUGCCCUCUAGCUAAGUCAUAGGUGCUGAUUGAAAGAGUGACAGGUGGGGGGGAUAAAACGAGGGAAAACUGCGGAGAGAAUGAAGACGGACUGGAAACAAGGACUGCCUCAGAGCAACUCGGGCUCCAAUUAGGACAUCUUCCCACCAGACAAGAUGAUUACGAGUAAUCUUCUAUUGCUUUCCAUGUGCCUGUGGGAGGUGCUGUCAGGAGGAGUUUUUGCCGGCAAGGUUGUGUGGAUGAGAGGAGUGGGUGGGUCCCACAUGAUGAAGCCGGAGGAGAACAAAGCGACGGACCUAUGGGAAGCGAGCAGGGACACGAAUGCGAUGCCGGUGGUGACUCUAAGAAACCUGAUCAGUCACGCACUGCCAAGCGACACCGGAUCGUACGCCAAAGAGCAGCUUAGUCCGUCGGCCGCCAUCAAGCCCAAGCACGAGGUCGACGCUGUCAGCAAGAAAGAGGUCAGCCACCGCAAGGAGUUCAGUCAGAAUUCAAAGAAAACUAAGAACGCCACAAAGAAUGCGGAGAAUAAAACGGGCAAAACAAUCCUACCGCAUCACAAGCUGGACUUGCAUUCGAAUAAAACCAGAUUCAGAUCGAGUUCAAGAUCGAAAGGCAGACCUGAUUUGAACAUCUACGCAACAGGCAUUCCGGGGAAAGCCAUAAGCGUCGAGGCAAACCGAAAACUGAACCUCAGCGGAAGUUCGGAAGUUCUGAAAGUGCUGUCUAAAGACAACCUCGUGAGGAUUGUCAAUUCCCAGAUGCGGAAUGUUCCCGGCUUGAACUUUCCGAGCAAGGGCAGCCGGAGCAGAAAGAGAGAUUUGAUUGACGUUAAUCACGGACAGUUAGAGACUCUGAAAACCUCCAGACAAGAAAUGUCCGUCACCGGCUCUGAUAACCAGACUGCAUUUCCAUAUAAAAGUACAGUCACCGCUCCCGAGCCUAAUCACAGUACUGAUACAGUAAAUCCUAAAGUGGAAGUCCCGAGUUUAAGUAAUAGGCAGGAAACUUUGGGACUACAAACCUCAGAUGGCGGUGAAAACAAGAGGAGACGGGGUCUAUUCAGGUCAACACCUCUGAGCUCAGAAAAAGGAAUAACCAUCAACCCGACGGAGUCAGCUCUCAAACUGACAAAACAUUUCCCGCUGUAUGUUCCCUCUGAAACAAAUGGCGCCACUCCAUCUGUGCUGACAAAGCAGCCCCAAGGUCUCAGACCUGGGAACAGAACGGCAGAUUCCCACAGAGACCCAUUAACGGAGCCGGUUCACAUUGCUCAAACAGAGCUCGGCACGGCUCACUACUCAGCAAAUGAAGAGAAAAAACUUGUCAACGGCACUCAUGUCCUAAGGCUCAAUCCAGCUCCUGAAUGGAACCACGAUGCAAAAGGUGCCCAGGCGCAGGCGGGGGAUCCAGAACAUGGGAAUAACUUGGUAUUUGAAGAAGCGGAGCCAGAGGACCAGGCGGUUGAUCCCGCGGAACCGAAGAGGUCUCGCUCUCGGAGCAGGAGAAGUUGGAUAUGGAACCAGUUCUUUGUCAUCGAAGAAUACGCCGGGCCGGAACCUGUUCUCAUUGGCCGGCUGCACACCGACAUGGACAGGAAUGAUGGACGCACUAAAUAUGUCCUGCGAGGCGAGGGGGCGGGCUCCGUCUUCGUGAUCGAUGAGAAGACAGGAAACAUCCACGUGACAAAGCCACUGGACCGCGAGGAGAAGGACGAGUAUCGCCUCAUCGCCACGGCCACGGACAGGCAGACGGACCGCGCCCUGGAGCCCUCGUCGCAGUUCAUCAUCCGGGUGCAGGACAUCAACGACAACCCGCCCCUCUUUGAUGACGGCCCCUACAGCGCCACCGUGCCGGAGAUGGCCAACAUAGGCACCUCCAUCAUCCGGGUGACGGCGACAGACGCCGACGACCCGACUUACGGGAACAGUGCCAAGCUGGUGUACACUCUGGUCCAGGGCCAACAGUACUUCUCCGUCGAUCCCCAGACAGGGAUCCUGCGCACAGCCGUCCCUGACAUGGACAGGGAGACCCAGGAUCAGUACCUGGUGGUCCUUCAAGCCAAAGACAUGGGAGGCCAUUUAGGGGGAUUGUCCGGGACCACCACCGUCACAGUCACCCUCUCGGACGUCAACGACAACCCUCCGCGCUUCACCCAGAGUAUGUGGUCCUUCUCCGUGUCCGAGCUGGCCGUCCCCGGCGCGGAAAUAGGACGCAUCGCGGCGGGCGACGCCGACCUCGGAGACAACGCCAGGCUGGAGUACACCAUCUUGGAGGGCGAGACGGGCGACACCUUCAACAUCUCGGGAGUCGACCGGGACGCCGUCAUCACGCUGAACAAGGCCGUCGACUACGAAAGCCGCAGCUCCUACUCCUUCUCCGUGGAGGUCCUCAACCCCACCGUGGACCCUCGCUUCCUGCGUCGAGGACCUUUUAAAGACCGGGCCUCAAUCCGAGUCGCGGUGCUGGAUGCCGACGAGCCGCCAAGGUUCUCCAGGGCCCGGUACCACAUGGACGUGUCAGAAAACUGCCCUCCGGCCUGCACCGUGGGCCGGGUCAGCGCUGUGGACCCGGACACUGGUCUGACCAACAACAUCAGGUUCUCCAUUGACCCUCAGUCGGACCCGGAGGCUUUGUUCCGUAUCACCCCGGACGCUGGCCUCAUUACCACGGCCAUGGAACUGGACCGGGAACGCGAGCACUGGCACAACAUCACGGUCAUUGCCACCCAGAGAGACAACCCCAGCCAGGUGUCCAGGGUUCUGGUUGCUAUAGAGACUUUGGACCUCAACGACAACGCCCCCGAGCUGGACAGGCAGUACAACACAGCCAUGUGUGACUCAUCUACCAUAGGGCAGGUGGUGCAGGUGUUGCGGGCGAUUGAUAGAGAUGAGGGCGGGAAUGACAGCGCCGUGUUCUUCAGCAUCCCCCCGGAGUCCAGCACCGCCCUCAACUUCAGCGUGAGGGACAGCGGUGGUCCCACCGCCAGCCUGGUGCUUCUCUCCCAGCUGCUGCCGCUGUCCCGCUCCUCGGCCUCCACCCUCACCCUCCACGUGCCGCUGGUCCUGCGAGACGGCACCUCGGGUCUGACCAGCACCGGCACGGUCACGGUCUCGGUCUGCCCCUGCCUGCGAGGCGGGGCCAAGACCGGGGAGAAGGGCCAACAGGCGGAGGAGGGCGAGUGGGACUGGGAGAGAGAGGCGGUGUGUCUUCCUCAGCAUUCCACCUUGCCUUCACCCGGACUCAGCACCGCCGCCCUGCUGGCCAUUCUGGCAUGCGUGGCCACGCUCCUGGCGGUGAGCGCCCUGUCCUUGUCGCUGCGGCGUCAGAAGCGGGACUCCCUGUCGCCGCUGGAGGACGACGACGUGCGCGAGAACAUCAUCACCUACGACGACGAGGGCGGCGGCGAGGCGGACACGGCGGCCUUUGACAUCGCAGCGCUGCAGAGCGCCCCGCACAGCUCGCGCUCGCGUAGCUACCGCACGCUGGACAGCAGGAACGUACGCUACGCCCAACGUUGUCAGGACAAAGGUCGCAUGUACAGCUGGACUCAGAACCCGGGGGUGGACCACAACUACUCCGGCCCGGGCGGACCCGUCUACGGCCGCCUGUGCUACAGCAGCCACACCUUGCCAGUUCUCCGCCGCGCCCCGGCUGGAACCUUCCAACCGGGCCUGGCAGAGCUGGGCUACCACUUUCCCGGGGGCCAGCCGGACCACUCGCUGGUCAUCCAGAACCAGGCCGCCAUGGUCGGACCCAUGGACUCGGGGGCCGCCUACGUCACCGCCGCCGACCUCAGCGCGGGGAGCCGGACGGGGAGCCAGGCGGGCAGCCGCGACGGCACCGCCACCCAGAGCGGCGUGAGCACGUCGGACGAAGGGACGCCGCGGACUGGCAACAACCAGGAGAAACGGCGAGGGAUGAGGUCUUCCAGCAACUGCACCGAGGACAGCAGUGAGGACAAAGUCAACCACACCCAGGAUCUGGACUGGGUGCAGUCGGAGACCCUACCCAGGGAGAACAACCUGGUCCUGACGCGAUCCGGCUCCACGGGGGCCUGGAUGUGCGACUCGGCCACGCUCCCGGUGGCGGGUCGCAGGGCUUCCCGAGCCGGCGUGCCCGCCAAAGGCGAGUCGGACUGCGGCGGAGGAGCCGGGACCGCCUCUUCUGACGGACAAGCCGGCACCGGACGGGGCAACUACGCCGCCGUGUUGCAGGGCGAGUCGCCCGGGAGAGGAGGACUGGAGAUGGGCAGCAACUUUGUGGUGGCAAGGCCGGAGAGAGAAGCCGGUGGGAUGUCUUUGACUGGGACUCCUUCGGUCUACCCAGACUCUGGGUUCGUUGGGGACUGGCGGGAUCGGGUGGGUUUGGGAGGUUAUGUGUUGGCAAGGAUGGAUAUGACCCCGCAGCUUUUACCCUUCCCAGGUCAGCCUCGGGGAGCCUAUGGGGGCGUCGUUGGCUUUAGUCCUGGUUGGGGCCCAGGAAUGGAGGCAUCAAGGGGGACACCAGGUUCUGCGGGUCCCUCUUUGGCUCUAAGGGUGGGCGAGUUCCUACGCCUACGCCUGGCCCAGGUCACUUUCGACCCCUCGCAGCCGCCGUACGACUCGGUGCAGAUCUACGGCCUGGAGGGCACCGGGUCCCGGGCUGGCUCCUUGAGCUCCCUGGAGAGUGAAGGAGACAAGGAGGCGGAUAAGGAGGACUGGGGUGCCGGAUUGGAGGAAUGGGGACCCCAGUUCCAAAAGUUAGCGCAGCUCUUCAGAGACCACGAGAAGGAGAAAGAAACCAAGGAGCAAGUGGAGGACAGCGCCAAAGAGGAGACCGACCAGAGGGAGAAAAAGAGGAAGGACUGAAGGGAGACUACGGAAAAAGGGAACUUAAGAAGGGAAAGAAGCAGGACUGGAAGAGAAGUUAAAUGGAGGAAAGAUGAAGAGGCAAAGUAAUACAAAGAGACGCAGACAAAUGAGCCCAGAGAAGGAGAGGAAGUGAUUGAUGUAAUUUCAAGCAAUAAGCGUUCAAGCGCUGAUACGGCUGAGCACGGAAGACCGGGACCAGACAAAGGAUGACGGACGACUUGUCCAACGCUCGGGACAAAGAACAACAAGCUGGUCGUAAAAAAGAACAGUCCGGGGCGUGCGGUGGAAUCUCCGUUUGCGAAUUUCAGCCGUUAUCGGACGGGGGUCGUAAAUAGAAAAGUUGGUGGACUGAAACUAAUUCAUCCAGGACGUAAACACGACCUGGCAGGCACCAGACAUUGAAACAACGUCCAUCGCACAUACAAGUUCUUUAAAAUUGUGGAUCUAACGUUGGAUCCAUGUUGUUGUCGUCAAUGGUCAAAUCAACGUCAGAACCCAGCAUUGAUUAAACGUCGUCAAAAAGCAUGUUGUAUUUGUGUUGUUGAAUAUUGGUUGGGAAAUGACCAAAAUUCAAUGGUCUAAUCAACGUCAGAACCCGACAUUGAUUAAAUGUCGUCAAUAAGUAUGUUGUUUCAACGUUUUACUUGUGUUGGAAAAUGACCAAAAUUCAACGGUCAAAUCCAUUUCAGAACACGAAAUUGAUUAAACGUCAAAAAGCAUGUUUCAACAUCAGUUUUGAGUUGGAAAAUGACCCAAAUUCAACGGUCAAAUCAACGUCAGAACCCGAAAUUGAUUAAACGUUGUCAAAAAACAUGUUUCAAUGUUGUAUUUGUGUUGGGAAAUGACCAAAAUUCAAUGGUCAAAUCAACGUAAAAAUCCAUAACGUUGAAAGAACAUCCUUUUUUGACGUUUAUUCAAUGUUGGAUUCUGACGUUGAUUUGAGCAUUGAAUUUUGGUCAUUUCCCAACCAAUAUUCUACAACACAAACACAACGUUGAAACAACAUGCUUUUUGACGACGUUUAAUCACUUCUUAAAUUCUGACAUUAAUUUGACCAUUUAAAUUUAGUCAUUUCCCAACCAAUAUUCAACAACACAAUUACAACAUGCUUUUGACGACGUUUUAUCACUUCUUAAAUUCAGACAUUAAUUCGACCGUUGAAAUUUAGUUAUUUCCCAACCAAUAUUCUACAACACAAAUUCAUCGUUGAAACAACAUGCUUUUUGACGACGUUUAUUCAAUGUUGGAUUCUGACGUUGAUUUGACCAUUGAAUUUUGGUCAUUUCUCAACCAAAAUUCAACAACACAAAUUCAAGGUUGAAACAACACGCUUUUUGAUGACGUUUAAUCACUUCUUAAAUUCUGACAUUAAUUUGACCGUUGAAAUUUAGUCAUUUCCCAACCAAUAUUCUACAACACAAAUUCAACAUUGAAACAACAUGCUUUUUGACAGCGUUUAAUCAAUGUUAAAUUAUGACGUUAAUUUGACCAUUGAAUUUUGGUCAUUUUCCCAACCAAUAUUCUACAACACAAAUACAACGUUGAAACAACAUGCUUUUUGACGACGUUUAUUCAAUGUUGGGUUCUGACAUUGAUUUGACCGUUGAAUUUUGGUCAUUUUCCAACCAAUAUUUAACAACACAAAUACAGCGUUGAAACAACAUGCUUUUUGACGACGUUUAAUCAAUGUUGGGUUCUGACGUUGAUUUGACCGUUUAAAUUUAGUCAUUUCCCAACUAAUAUUUAACAACACAAAUUCAACGUUGAAACAACAUGCUUUUUGACGACGUUUAUUCAAUGUUGGGUUCUGACGAUUUGACCAUUGAAUUUUGGUCAUUUCUCAACCAAAAUUCAACAACACAAAUUCAAGGUUGAAACAACACGCUUUUUGAUGACGUUUAAUCACUUCUUAAAUUCUGACAUUAAUUUGACCGUUGAAAUUUAGUCAUUUCCCAACCAAAAUUCAACAACACAAAUACAACGUUGAAACAACAUGCUCUUUGACGACGUUUAAUCACUUCUUAAGUUCUGACGUUGAUAUGACCGUUGAAAUUUGGUCAUUUCCCAACCAAUAUUUUACUACACAAAUACAACGUUGAAACAACAUGCUUUUUGACGACAUUUAAUCAAUGUUGGGUUCUGACGUUGAUUUGACCGUUGAAUUUUGGUCAUUUUCCAACCAAUAUUUAACAACACAAAUACAGCGUUGAAACAACAUGCUUUUUGACGACGUUUAAUCAAUGUUGGGUUCUGACGUUGAUUUGACCGUUUAAAUUUAGUCAUUUCCCAACUAAUAUUUAACAACACAAAUUCAACGUUGAAACAACAUGCUUUUUGACGACGUUUAUUCAAUGUUGGGUUCUGACGAUUUGACCAUUGAAUUUUGGUCAUUUCUCAACCAAAAUUCAACAACACAAAUUCAAGGUUGAAACAACACGCUUUUUGAUGACGUUUAAUCACUUCUUAAAUUCUGACAUUAAUUUGACCGUUGAAAUUUAGUCAUUUCCCAACCAAAAUU